AUGACCAGGCCUGACUCUGUUAACCACUACUUGAAGUCUUUUGAAGGGGAAAUCCUCCAGGGAGACAUAGGGGCCUUCUCCCUUCUUUCCACCAAAGUAGGGGGUAGGCAUCUGGUUGUCAUGGAAAUGGGGCUCUUCACACAUCCCUUUCCCUUCCACCCCACAUGGCUGGGCAGUGUUAAGGGUGGCAAGAUAGUCUCUGUCCCCACCCCUUUGUACUUGAUGUUCCCAGCUAUCUUUCACGGCCCCCCCCCCAACCUUAGGGGAAGGGGGAGGGGCUUCUCUACAAUGAGUUUUUUCUUUUUUUUUUUUUUUAAGAAGAAAAAAAUAAUAAACUUAGUUUCUGUAUGA